AUGUUACCAUGAUAAGUAUGUCAGACUGUUGAGGAGUGGAGAGAUCAGAUCAGAGAAUUUCAUGUCCUCCAGCAGCUCACAACACCAUGGAACCACCACAGCUUCAUUCAACCCAGCUCCCACCAGGAAACGGAGAGAGACGGACGAGCCACGACCACACUGUUCUCAGUGUGGGGAGGAGCUUCACAACAGGGAGAAAUCUCAUCAGACACCAGCCCAUUCACACGGGAGAAAAGCUGUUCUACUGUUCCCAGUGUGGGAAGAGCUUCACAACAGGGAGAAAUCUCAUCAGACACCAGCCCAUUCACACGGGAGAAAAGCUGCUCUCCUGCUCCCAGUGUGGGAAGAGUUUCACAACAGGGAGAAAUCUCAUCAGACACCGGCCCAUUCACACGGGAGAAACGCUGUUCUCCUGCUCCCAGUGUGGGAAGAGCUUCACAACAGGGAGAAAUCUCAUCAGACACCAGCCCAUUCACACGGGAGAAAAGCUGUUCUACUGCUCCCAGUGUGGGAAGAGCUUCACAACAGGGAGAAAUCUCAUCAGACACCAGUCCAUUCACACGGGAGAAAAGCUGUUCUCCUGCUCCCAGUGUGGGAAGAGCUUCACAACAGGGAGAAAUCUCAUCAGACACCAGCCCAUUCACACAGGAGAAAAGCUGUUCUACUGCUCCCAGUGUGGGAGGAGUUUCAGUCAGUCAGGAAAAAGACGAGACACCCUCCAAGACCUGCAAGACCUCUUCCUGAAGGACCUGCACCAAGAGAACCCAUGCCAAGUGGACCUACACCCAGACCACGGCAUCACCAGCCACACCCCAAACAGCUAA